AUUCCGCACGCGCAACUUCAGUAAGUUGGCUUCUGUAUACUGCAGUCCUUUCGAGAUUCGUAUAUGCUGACCCUGCUUUCGUAUCAGGUAUCUAUGGACAGUGGUUGGUCUUUCUCUAUCUUGCGGCAUCGCUCGGAUGAUUCUACACCGACGGCAUGUCCAUUCAACUUCAAGCUUUUCUGACUUUUGUAGGACGGGCGUUCUCUGCAUAUUUCUGUGCUUCGCUCUAGGCAUAGCCAACAUCUUCACGCUUACUGCUCUGCGCAUCGUGUUCAGUGUCAUAUGCCUGGCCUCCGCUUUUGUGAUUCUGUUCACCGAAAUCCCAUUCCUGCUCCGUAUAUGCCCUACGUCGCCUACCUUUGACACCUUCAUCCGCCGGUUCAGCACCAACUACAUGCGCGCACUCAUCUACGUUGUCAUGAGCGCCAUCCAGUGGGUCAGCCUGGUCUCUGGAGCCUCGAGCCUGAUCGCCGCCGCCGUGUUCCUCCUGAUUGCCGGUCUCUUCUACCUUCUUGCCGCGCUGAAGCACCAGGAUUUCAUGAGCAGCAAAACCUUAGGUGGACAGGGAAUCGCGCAGAUGAUUGUGUAGAACAGCAAAGAUUGGUCUUUCGUAGCUGCCGAGCUACUGGCCUUUUGUAUCCAUCAUGUUCACUAGAAAUGGGGUUGCGAAAAGUGUUGCGUGCGAGGACUUGCCUCGGGUGUUGCUUUUUUUGUUACGACCUUAGCGGACGUAUAAUCACUUAUUGAGUCCGUGUUACGCCUUGCAUUAUGCCUUUGUUCAAGUUGUAUGAUCGUUAUAUACCGAGUAUUGCCAUUCAGCCAGAAUCGAUUUUCUUAUACUUGACUAUAAGACCAUCACUCAUGUUAACUCCUACCUACUCAGUAUCUU